ACACGCACACACACAAUCUCCAGCCGCAGAGAUACCCGCUCCUGCUAAUCACAAGGAUCUGGUGGGAUGGAGGGGGGUUGACGUGUCCCCACAAGAAGCUCACGAUUCUGUCCGCUCAGGGCAUACCGCCGCCAGCCUGCCUCCAGCCGAGCUACGCCUCCUCCCUGGAGCCCUGACGCACCCAUGACUCCCGACCCUCGGCUCUGCCUCCUCGCUGGCCCGACCCACCGUCCGGGGGAACCCUGGACCCUGCUGCCCUUGAUGCAUGGAGCCCAGUGAGACUCGAACAGGAACGAACAUGUUCAUUUGGUGGAUUUUACUGCAAGGAUUUUGGAGCGUUUAUGGGGAACUUCCUUUUAUUUCGGAGAAUAAUGCAGCCAUGUUGGUCAAUUGGAACGCAGUCGACGGAAAUAAGAAGUUGUUUGCAAUUUACGACACAAGUGUCAAUGAACCAGGGAACAUGUCUUUUGUGAAAGAGACUGUGGAUAAACUGCUGAAGGGCUAUGAUAUCCGUUUGCGUCCAGACUUCGGAGGGACCCCUGUUGCAGUUGGCAUGAGUAUAGAUGUGGCGAGCAUAGACAUGGUGUCCGAAGUAAACAUGGACUACACGUUGACCAUGUACUUCCAGCAGUAUUGGAGGGACAAGCGGCUGGCCUACGUGGGGAUUCCCCUUAACCUAACCCUGGACAACCGGGUGGCUGACCAGCUCUGGGUGCCCGACACCUAUUUCCUCAACGACAAGAAGUCGUUUGUCCACGGGGUGACUGUGAAGAACCGUAUGAUCCGGCUGCAUCCUGAUGGAACCGUUCUCUAUGGCCUGAGGAUAACGACAACAGCAGCCUGUAUGAUGGACCUGCGGCGCUAUCCCCUGGACGAACAGAACUGCACUCUGGAAAUUGAGAGCUAUGGCUACACGACGGACGACAUCGAGUUCUACUGGAAGGGGGGAGACAGCGCCGUGACGGGGGUGACGCGCAUCGAGCUGCCCCAGUUCUCCAUCGUGGACUACAAGCUGGUGUCCAGAAAUGUGGUCUUCUCCACAGGUGCCUAUCCACGCCUGUCUCUGAGCUUCAAGCUGAAGAGGAACAUCGGCUACUUCAUCCUGCAGACCUACAUGCCCUCCAUCCUGAUCACCAUCCUGUCCUGGGUCUCCUUCUGGAUCAACUACGACGCCUCGGCUGCCAGAGUGGCACUGGGCAUCACCACCGUGCUCACCAUGACUACCAUCAACACCCACCUGAGGGAGACCCUCCCCAAGAUCCCCUACGUGAAGGCCAUCGACAUGUACCUGAUGGGCUGCUUCGUCAUGGUCUUCCUGGCCCUGCUGGAGUACGCCUUCGUCAACUACAUCUUCUUCGGACGGGGCCCUCAGAUGCAGAAGAAGCUGGCCGAGAAGGCUGAGAGGGUCAACAACGAGAGGGCCAAGUACGACUCCAACAAGGAAGGGGGUAGUAAAACGUCUUCUCUUAAGCGGUCCAAUCAGGUAAAAGGUCUUCGCCAUUCGCGCUCGGCAGAGCCUCACGGGAACAUCCUGCUGACAACCCUGGAAAUCCACAACGAGGUGGCAGGAAAUGAGGUCACCACCAGCUUGGCCGACAUGAGGAACUCCACGUCCAUGAGCCUGGACAGCACCGGGGUGCAGUGCCGGAAGCAGAGCACGCGGUCCAGCCGCCACAGCCUGGACCGGCAUGCCCAGCUGAAGAGGACUCGCCUGCGAAGACGCUCCUCACAGCUCAGGAUCAAAAUCCCGGACCUAACAGACGUUAACGCCAUCGACCGGUGGUCGCGCAUCAUCUUCCCCUCUGUCUUCUCACUUUUCAAUCUCAUCUAUUGGAUGUACUACGUCUAAUUGACACGUUUGUUUAUUUUUAGAUGUUGUUGUUGAUGUUUUUUUUUUCUGAUCUCCUUUCAUCAUUGCUUUUACGUGAUAGGAAAGGUUUUACUGUGGAAAAGAACUGCCUCCUCACAGCAUGAACAGCAUACUUGGGCCUGCUUGUCAAAGUGCGUACAAAGUAUUUGCAGUCUGAUUCACACUUUUGUUGACUUUUCACAUUUUAUACGGAACUUUGUGUUAAAAUGCACUGAGAAUCGGGACAUUCCAUACCCUUUGCCCAUUCAGUAACUAACAAACUAAAAGCACAACCUGAGAAAGGAAUUUGUUAAAGGGGCAAAAACAUCCAAUCAGCAUGGUUGGAAAAAACCUUGCAAGUGCAGAAGAUCUUGUUGUUAUAUUUGUACCCCAUUAUAUGCAUCAUGAAUGUGCAUUGUUUUCAGCCAUUUUAAAUGAGUGGUUCAUAAAGAAAAAAAGUUGUGUAAUUUUUGACUUACCAAGGCACCUUGAUUUAUACUGUAUUUCUAGGUAGUGAUUUCCUUGGUAAGUGAAAAUAAGGUAACAUUGUUUAUUUGUUGAACCAUUCCUUUGAUCACAAAUGAAUGAAUUUCUUCUUUUGCCUUCUGCACAUACAGAAUAUGACUUUUACAGUGAAGUGGUCCUGUUUAUGUGUGUUUUUUUUAUUUAUAGUGUAUUAUUAAAAUACUUAUUGUUAUUGACUAAAUAAUCGACACUAUAAUGAUAUAUUAUCCUGGUUGAUCUUUUAAAAAUGGUUUUGCGGUAUUUUACUGUUGAUCAUGAAAUUGACUCAGGUUGGAUUUAUCUAUUUGGCUGGGCAUUCAGUAAAACAUUCCGAUGAUAAGAAGUCUUCAAUGAAUACAUGUUCCUACUGAUAUUGUGGUAUUGCAUUUACACUCUAUUUAUCAAAUAGUUUCCAUAAGAAAUACUUAAUAAAAUCCACUGCCAAGGGCCUUUGACUGUAAUUUGAGUGUGUGAAAUAUGAUAUUUUUGUAAGAUUUGACUAUUGUACUGUAGAAAAACUCUACUCCAAAACUUAUCUCGACAUUCCAAGAGAGUGCCCUGAUGUAAGGUUUUACUGUUCUUUCUGACUGAAGGUUUUGUUGUACAUUUUGAUUGGUAUUUAUUAAUGAAUUGACUGCAAUUGUACAUAUGUGUAUACAGUAUAUAAAACUGAAAAUAAAAAUGAUCAUAUAUUCAGCAUAUUUAUUAGAUAGAUAUAUAUACAUUGUAUUUAUAUUUGCUGAGUGAAAAUAUAUAUGCAUUUGCUGGAUAUGCGACCAUUUUUACUUUUGGAUACUUAAUGCUUUUUUGUUCUACAUGACAAUAUAAAUUAAAUAAGAGUCAAAAAUAUUCUGAAAUUGACUAAGAUGCUAUUUAGAGUUACAAUACCUGCAUUCCAUUACUCUGACUUUCCAAGUUUAGAAUUCUGUGUCAUGUACUGCUACAACUAUCUCCUGGUGUAUCGUUUCAUAGUAGCACACAAGGUGAAUGCAGUGUUUGACGGGAAACACAUUACUGCAUGCAUGGUGUGUCCCUGCAUUCCUGGGUUUAGAAUAACAUUGAAUGUAUGAAUUAUGUUCAGGAGAAGGAUAACCAACCGUGAUUGUUUCUCUAACCUAACAAGCUUUCUUUUCUGGGCAAUGAAAUACGUGACAUAUCACUCACAUUGGUAGAGAGAGAGAGAGAGAGAGAGAGAGAGAGAGAGAGAGAGAGAG